GGAGACUGAGGCACAUGCACAUCUGUAAACCCUGUCGAAACGAAGCUUAGAAGCUGGUCUUUGAUAGCACGGAUAGUCAAAUUUUGACAGGAGGAUGGGAUCAAGUCACAAGUCCAUGGCUCCGGAACAUGGGGGGUACCGCCGAUCCCUAAUACCGUAGGUCUGUACCUUUUAGUGUGACUACUUUCAUCAAAUAUCACGUCAGACCCCCCCAUUAUUCACUACUACUACGGUUUCUUUCCAUCUCAACCGCCACUGCCGCCCUGCAGUCAAUUUGUACCAUUAACUUUUUAUCUAAACACAAGUCUUUUCUUAAUUCCCAUCUUAUCAACGACCUCUUCUCCUUAUACACUCAUGCCCACACCUAAACGACUCAGAGUCUCCGAGGACGAUCCCCUCACCCGAGCAAUUGCACCUCCUUCUUAUGAAUCACCUGCCGAACGGGAGGAACGACUUGCAGCAGAACAAGAAGCAAAGCGCGUUUCUGACGCAAUUGAUGAGGAGCUCAACAAACAACGUAUCUCAGAGAAGAAAGGUCCUAAAGCAAUAAAGAUACUACUCCUAGGUCAGAGCGAAUCAGGCAAAUCGACAACGCUGAAAAACUUCCAACUCAUGAACUCUCCUAAAGCCUUUCGCUCAGAGCGUGCUUCGUGGAGAGCAGUCAUUCAACUCAAUGUUGUUCAAUCUAUUCACGCCAUCUUGGACCUAAUGUCCAGGGCACAUUCCUCAGCACACAUCCCUUCAACGCCAAUCAAUCACAUAACGAACCCCUCUUCUACACCCACACCAUCCAAGGAAUAUCCUCCACUCAAUUCAGAACAUCUGAAGCUCAAGAUGCGCUUAGCUCCAUUACUACAAGUCGAAGCUGCCUUAAUGAAGAAGCUUAUCCCCAAUGGCCACGCCCAAUUCUCCAAUCCUGCACAAUCUCUUCCUAUUCAGCAAGAAAUCAGUGUCAACUCUUCCGCAGGCUGGAAGAACACGUUCAAUCGACUAAUGGGUCGAAAUAGCUGUGACAGUGCAGAUCUAAUCGACUGGGCUGACCCGGACGACCCUGGCGUAGUUCUGAAUGCUUGCGCAGAAGACAUGAAACGGCUUUGGACUGAUCCUAUCGUUCGGAAAUUGAUGGAAGUCGAGAAGAUGAGACCGGAAGAGAUGGCUGGCUUCUUCCUUGAUGCACUUGAUCGGGUGACUUCACCGCGGUACAUACCCACUGAUGAUGAUGUUCUGCGCGCGCGGCUAAAGACACUUGGAGUGUCAGAACAUCGAUUUACUAUGAAAACAGGUCAUAUGGGAUCGCCUAUGAGCCAUGACUGGCGUGUGUUCGAUGUUGGCGGUCAAAGAUCACUAAGAGCCGCAUGGGUCCCAUACUUCGAUGACAUGAAUGCCAUCAUUUUCCUGGCUCCCAUAAGCUGCUUUGACCAGGUUCUUCAAGAAGAUCCAUCUGUAAAUAGAUUGGCCGAUUCUUUCCUUCUCUGGAAGUCUAUCGUGUCUAAUCCCCUGUUGAAGAAAACUGAGCUGAUACUGUUUCUAAAUAAAUGCGAUAUCCUUCGCGCGAAGCUCGCUUCAGGUAUUCGGUUAGCUGAUUACAUUGUCAGCUAUGGGAGCCGACCGAAUGACUUUGAAAGUGCUAGUCAAUACCUAAAGAAGAAAUUCGCUGGCCUGCUAAAAGAGCAUUCUCCUGAGCGACUAUACUACUUUCAUCUUACAUCUGUAACUGACACAAAAUCAACAACAUAUAUCCUCGAGAACGUGCAAGAUGUUCUCGUCCGCGACAACCUGAGGAGAAGCGCACUUGUAACCUAAUAUCCGAUACCCCUCUGUUCGUGCAUCCCACCUGAGAUACCUGCAUGAAACUCCCACGACCUCCUGCAGCCCCACCUACUUAUGCCUGUGACUACGUUGUAUCAUCAGCUGUUGUCAUCCUUGGCUUUAUUUGUCGCAAAUGCACUCAUACACCUCAGGGACACUUUAGAUCCACCUUCUACCCGCUCCUCUGCGCAGCCUAUAGUUCUCUAUUUCUUCUGGGGCCACGGUGCAGGGGCAUUAGUGCAGGGCGCUGUACACCCACUCUCGCGUCGCUUGUUAUACAUACAUAAAGCUGUCCAUAAGCAUUUGUUACGGGCGAAUUGAACUGAUACUACGAAUAAUCUGAAUAUAAUUGGUACAUGGAUUUAUUGAAA